AACAAAUUUGUUUGAGGUUAAUUUAGGAAAUUUCUAACUUUUUUCAAAAAGAUAAGGUAGUUAAUAAUGUUUUCCUAAAUAAUUGAGUUUUUCUAACUAGAUCAAACAAUUUGGGACGAAAAGAGUAUAUAGUGAGCCGUAUUAUAGGAUAGGAAUGUGAACACAUUUUUCAAUAACUAUAAAAAAUACAACCAAGAAGGACUAUUCCAUCUAAUUCCAUUUCUAGGUGUUGAUUUUUAUAGAGAAAAUGUUUGGCACUAAACAUGUUUGAAGCCUUAGACUUCAACCCUUAAUAAGAAGAUGACAUACGUUCUUGUCAUGUGAAAAAUACAUAACUCACUUGGUUAGUUUGGUUAGGUAUAAUUAAGUGAAUCAUAUAUAUUGCACAUGAAAAAAACACUUAUAAUCUUUCUAUAUUGUAAGUUGAAACUUAAGACUUCAAACAAGUUUAGAGCCAAACUAAUUUAUCUUUCUUAUAGACACCUUAGGUGAUCAUGUGUGUGGAUCUUACAACUACCUACAAAUUGAAAAGACAAAAUUUCAUGGAUAUGGGCCUGAGAUUUCACCCUGGACUAUGGAGUCUUUUUUUUUUCCCCCUUAUCUUCUUUCUUUCUUCCACUUAACAAAAGCCUUAACCCAAUAGAAGAGGACUAGGUGAGGAGUGCUAAGUUCCCAUCUAACCGAUCUCUAACUACACAUAUUUGUUCUUUUUCUCUCUUAAAAAAAAACUUUUUGUCUUUUCUCCUUUUUUUUUUUUUUUUUUUUUAAGGCAAUGAUACCUGGCAUUGGCAUGUAGCUAGCUCGCGUCAAAAUAACCAACUUGUUAUUUUUGAUGAAUUCUUAUCUUGUCCUGUUAAGAUAAAGGUCAGAGAAUAUGUACACAUGACGUCAAAAAAAAAAAAAGGUCAGAGAAUAUGUACACAUCAAAGGUACAGAAAUCGUGUGUAUAUAUAUUAACUUUUUUCUUUCCCUUUUUUUAAGGCAGUCUGGCCUGGCAUGUAUUUUUUUAGUGUAGCCAUACGUAUUGUUAUUUUGAUGAAUUCUUAUCUUGUCCCAUUAAUUAAAGGAAAAAAAGUGGGUCCAGGACUCUAGGGAUUAUAUAUUGUGCACAUCAAAAGUAUAUGAAUAGUACAUAUAUAUAAUAACAAUAAUAAUUUCACUAACUAAAAAAUAUUCUGUCCGUCAUAUGAUAGCUAUAUAUAUAUAAUCAUUUGUGUUUAAGAAAUUAAAUAAAGAAGAUAUAUCUAAACUACGUCGUUAAUUUAGUCCUUUGUUGAACAUAAUUAAAUAACUGUCUCCGUCUUCAAAGCCUAACCGACCAACUAAGAAAGAAUGUAUCUCUAACACUUUGACCUCUUCUGGGUUUUACUUUAACCCCCAUAUAUAGAACCUGCAUGUGCAGAAUAUACAUAAUUAUCAAAAGGCCCUAACCUUAAACCCAUUUAGGGUAGGGGUUAGAGGCUUAUUAAUUGGCAAUGCAUAUACAUAUGGGAUCAGCUACAGGUCCUCAUGAUGAUGACUGCUUGCCCAGAACAUCACAAAAAGACUACUCGCCCAAAUCUCGUCGUGGUCAAUUGCUAAACGCGUGGAAAAGUACAUUAACAUACCAAAGGUUACCUAAAGAGCCUCUCAACCUCUCAAUUCUCAAAUUGGAUGGCUCAUGCUUUGGGGUGCAAGUUGGGAGGAAGGCAACAAUAGCGGAACUGAAAGAGGCGGUGGAAGAGGUUUUUACUGGUCAGUUUACGCCGGAUGGAGAAAUUUCAUGGUCUCAUGUAUGGGGUCAUUUUUGCUUAAGCUACCAAGGCCAGAAACUAGUUGAUGACAAAGCAUAUAUCCGGCUAUUUGGAAUCAAGGAUGGGGUUCAGCUUUGUUUUUGCCCGGUAUCUUUCAAUUAACCGUGGCCAAGACAAGAGACCAAUAAAGCAUAGAACUGCUGCUUAUCAACAUUCAACAGCUUGUGGACUUGUGGUUGAAAUGAUUAACACAUUAAUGCUAGAAGGCUUGUUGAUGGAUCUUGCUGAAUCCUUUACCUAGGGCUACCGAUGAUGAUGGACUGAAAGCAAUCACUUCGUCUGUUAGUGUUGGCGCAUAUGUGUUUGGAUUAACUUUUUGUUGAAAAGCUUAUUUGUUGAAAAUUGAUAAAAGUACAGUUGUAUAUAAAAAAGUAAGGUUUCUAAAAAAUAUUUGCAAAUAAAUAAGCUUUAAGAGAAAAACAAAAAAAAAAGGCUAAUCCAAAUGCAUUACUGAAGGAUGCUGAUCAAUGAAGAUAUAUACUACCUCAGAGUGCCAAUAUUAUGAAAUCGAUGACAGGAAUUUUGAUGUGGAAUUCAUGUUGGCACACUUCUUGAAGGGCGAUUUUCAUGCUCCAAAUUUGUUGUGUGAGGGGAAAUUGAGUAGUAGAGGGAAUAGGUAUAAAAAUAA